AUGCAUCGACAAUGGAUGAUCAAGGUCUACCGUCCACAUAAGAACAUGUCUGAAGCUCAUCUUGAAGAUCAUGGCAAUCACCAUCAGACACUGCCAAGCAAAAAGGAUGUGGCGAUGAUGGUGAAACCUAACUUGGAGAGAAGAAGAGCAAUGAAGCAUAAGGGACCCGAUACACUCCAAAUUGCCGGCUCAAGCUUACCCGAUUGUUCUCAUGCCUGUGGAUCAUGCACACCAUGUCGACUUGUCAUGGUUAGCUUCGUUUGUGCGUCGCUUGAAGAGGCUGAGACAUGUCCUAUGGCUUACAAAUGCAUGUGCAAUAACAAGUCUUAUCCAGUUCCAUGA